AUGCGCGCCUCCGCCUCCGCGGUCCCCAUGGAAGCCUCCGCCUCCGCCCGCAGAUCCGCCGCGGGCCCCGACCCCGGUGGCGCCAAGAAGCCGCGCCUCGCGCAGCCGCCGCCGCCGCGGGACCCCAGAUCUUACGCCGCCGCCGCUUCCUCCAAUGGCGCCGCCAGCGCCGCCGAGCAAGCGCUGGUCGACGAGCUGCUCGGCCAGUACCGGACCGCGCUCGGGGAGCUCACCUUCAACUCCAAGCCCAUCAUCACCAACCUCACCAUCAUCGCCGGCGAGAACCUCCAGGCCGCCAAGCCCAUCGCCGCCCUCAUCUGCGCCAACAUCCUCGAGGUUCCAAGUGAACAGAAACUACCAUCGCUAUAUCUACUUGACAGUAUUGUAAAAAAUAUUGGAAAAGAUUAUGUUAAACAUUUCUCAGCAAGAUUACCAGAGGUGUUCUGCAAGGCAUAUAAACAAGUUGAUACUUCUAUACAUCAUAGCAUGAGGCACCUUUUUGGAACAUGGAAAGGAGUGUUUCCUCUUCCUCCGCUCCAAAUGAUUGAGAAGGAACUUGGUUUUCAGUCAUCUGCCAAUGGAUCGAGUGCUGCACCAUCAAGGACUGAUUCUCAAUCCCCGCGCCCAUCCAAUAGCAUACAUGUAAAUCCAAAAUAUUUGGAAGCGAGACAGCAGCUCAAUCAACCAACUAAGGGGAUACUUGGAAGUGGUGCUAAGACAGCUGUAAUUGCUGAUACAGGCGAUGAUAUUGAGAGGGCUAACAGGCUAGGUACUGAUAGAAGUGCAGGGAGACGAUUAGAAGCUCCUAAUGCUAGACCUCGCACUCAGAGGGACCCUUUUAGCAAUCCUGUUCAUGAAAAACAAGCAGGUAGAGAUGUGAGGGGCCUUGGAUUCUCCAACAUUUCACAGCAGGCUGUUGUGGGAACUGGUCAAGUUCGCUCAAAACCCAAAGGUCAAGAUGGAAUUGGGGGGCCUUAUUAUGCCUCUGGUGUUGGGUCUUCUGAAGAACAAUUUGACAGGCGCAGUAACUUUUAUGCAAGCAAGGAUGUUCGGCCAUCAGGAUCUGUACGUUUGGAUAGUGCACUUCUUCCAACUCCUUCAAUUAAUGCCGAUAGAGUUGUUAGGCCUUCAUCAAACAAAAGCUGGAAGCACUCUGAGGAAGAAGAAUAUGUUUGGGAUGAUGUACACUCUAAAGCAGCAGAAUAUGGUGGUAGCAAUAAUGUAAUAAAAGGAGAAUGGAUGUCUGAUGAUGACAAUGCUAAGUUUGCAAGCCUCCAAAGGGCUAAAUGGGCAGAGGCAGGACCUGUGGAACGUAUAGAUCCCAACACACAUAAACUUGAUAACGUGUCAAGAUUUGGACUUGCAGCAGGCCAAGAAAGAAGAAUUUCAGCAUACAUGGAUCAGGAAGAGUACCUUCUUGGCAAGCGUGAGGUGGAAGCAAGAAUUGAUAGGGAAAUUAGGCCUGAAGGACAACAGUUCCCACCACCUCGAGGUUCCUCUCUCUGGGUGUCCCAGGAAAAAACACUCCCAGACAUUGGGUUGGACCCUAGGAUAUCAAGGUUUUCAAAUCAGCCAGCAGAGAGGUCCACCAUUUAUAGUGGCACCAUGUCAGCAAGUAUCACUUCAUCUGUACCUGUUGGGUUAUCAGGACUCUAUGCUGGAAGGUCAAGCCUAGAUACUGCAAAUAGUGUGCCAAUAAGAUCAACUGAAGCUUUUGGGCAGCAGAAGCAUAGAUAUUGGUCAUCUUCCCCUCCACAAGCUCACUCACCUUCUUCUACUGCACCCUUUGCACGCCAGGGUUCUCCAAAUCCUGCUGAGUCUGAUUUUUAUCCUUCCAGAUCAUUUUCUCAAUUGGGCCAAAAUCCUCAAGAAGAAUAUAGCCAAAGAGCAUUGCCAGUACUUGCUAAAGAUUCUCAUGUUGUGGUUCACAAUGAUGGACUUACUCAGGGCCAACCUAGUCUACAGGCAACCCAGCAGACACAAAAGUACCCUACCUUACAGUCAAAGUCACAUAUUAAGCCAUCUGAUCCAUUGCAGGCAAGCUUUUCGCGUGAAAAUUCUCCAUCGCUGUUCAGACCUUCCCAGCUUGGAGAAGUCUCUUUACCCAGUGAUUCCACCCCUAUAAGCUUAGAUCUGACAAGUGCUAGUAAUUUGUUGGCUGGUCUCAUAAAGAGUGGGUUCAAACCAAAUAACCACAGUGAUGCACAACUUCUUGGUCCAAGUGGGUCACUUCCAGUGGCUUCUUUAUCACUUCAAAAUACUGCUGGUGAAAAUACCACUUCGCAUACACAGACACCAGACACUUCUCGUCCACCAUUGCCACCAGGUCUGCCACCACCUCCAUCAACACAGAGUGCAGAGAAAGCUGCGCCGCUCUCGAGUCUUCUCAGUUCCCUGGUUGCAAAGGGAUUAAUCUAUUCGCCAGCUUCUGAUUCAUCCAAUGCUGCCCUUUCACAGCCAAAUAAAGCAUCAAGCAUGAAUGCAAAAGAUGUCACAGCUUCAGCUGUGCCUUUGCCGGCUCUAAAACCUUCAGUUGGUAAGGUGUCAUCUAAUUCUGAUUCAUCUGCCCCAACAAACGCUUCGUUACCCAAAGCUAUCGAAAUUAAGAUGGGUGACCUCAUUGGCCUGGAGUUCAAGCCAGAGAAACUUCGCAAGUACCAUGAGCACGUGAUUAGCAGCCUCUUUGAUGACCAAAGCCUUCAGUGUAAAACCUGUGGUAAUAGGUUCAGGGUUGAAGAACUGAGCUUGCACACAUCAAGCUGUGGGCCAAGGGAGUCUGAGACAAUCUAUACUGGUAUCGCACCUAAAAGAUGGUACCCUAGCAAGAACAUUUACAUCGAUGGAUCACAUGAAAUUGAGGACAGCACUGAGGCUUCUGAUGGAGAUUUAGGUUCUACAGAAGUGUGUGAGUUUAUGGUCCCUGCAGACGAGAGGCAAAGUGUCUGUGCACUAUGUGGGGAACCAUUUGAUGAUAUAUAUUCUCUUGAGAAGGGGAACUGGAUGUACAAGGAUGCGGUGUUUUUGGAUUACCCCAAGGGAGAAAGCAGCUGUGGAAACAAUGUUGAGCCUGAAGAGCAUGUGCCCAUAGUCCAUGUAAGAUGUGUGCCAAGAGGCUCAAAUGAUGGCAUGGAGGUUGACUAG